AUGGACUCAAUCAAUGGGGUUGAUCAAUCAAAAUAUUCAUUUUGGUCUAGAGUUCAUGAAUAUUAUGAGAAAAACAAAAAAUCUAUAUCUUCUGAACGUAGUUCAUGCUCUAUUAGAAAUAAAUGGUCUACUAUCCAACUUGCUACAAAUAAGUUUUGUGGGGCCUUAGCUCAAAUUGAAAGAAGGUCUCCAAGUGGGGCUAAUGAGCAAGAUAAGAUUGAGAAAGCCAAAGAGUUCUACCGAAAAUCUGUGGCUGAGGGUAGCAGUAUGAAAGCUAAAAGAAGAUCAAUAAUUCGAGAUGGUCAUGCACCAGAGUUCAUAGAUGAAGAUACUGCAGCACCAUCUUUAGAUGUGAAUUUAGAGAGACCAAUUGGAAAGAAGGAUGCAAAGAAGCGAAAGAGGCAAGAGGAUAACUCUACCAAUCUUACUGAUCUGGUGAUUGAAAUAAAAGGGGAGAGAAUCAAAUCUAAUGUUGAGAAGGGAGAAAUUAGGAAAGAGUAUGCCCGCAUUGCAAAAGAAAGGCUUGAAUUGGAUAAACAGAAAGAAGAGAAUGAAAUCAUGAGGAGGAAGUUAGAAAUUAUGAGAGUAGAUGUAUCAACUUUAUCUCCAACGCAACAAGAGUAUUUUCGUACCCUCCAAUUGGAAAUACUUAAGAAACAAAAGUCUAGAAAGCCAUGA